ACAUGUUUGCAGACAGGUGUCUCUGUACACACUGAGUUACUUUUUAACUCUAUAUUUUUGUACUACAAUGUCUUUUUAUCUUGGAUUAUAUUAAAAUUUAUACACUUUCUAAGAGCAGGUGUCUUUGGACUGUUUUGCGCUAUCCCUUAUUUCUUUUGGAUUUCUACAUUUCUCUGGAGUGUUUGCAGACACUCUGAUUAAGCAGCUGCAGCAGUUCAAGUCUCCCUGCACCCACCCACUCUCCAUUGUUCCGGGGAAGAGAUUACAAGUUACAUGCUGAGGAUCGAGGAUCAACUAACAGCGGUGACAUACAUUUGGAUGUUGGAUUGUAUUUCAAGUUCCCUGUGUGUGCCGAUCAGUCUUUCCAUCGUGGUUGUGCUUAUCGUUUUUCUAAGUCGACAUAGCGGUAUUGCUAAGAUUUACUUGUGUCAGAUAAUCUCCGGAGUCAAAGAUAAAUUCAUGGCUCAGAACAAGGAAGAGAGGAUCUUGCAGUUUGUGAUGCAGAAUGCAGUGCGUGGUGACCCUCAAAGCGUGGUGGACAAUAUCGAUAAAUACUGCAGCCAGAAGGAGUGGGCCAUGAAUGUAGGAGAUCAGAAAGGCCUGAUACUGGAUAAAGUGGUGAAGGAGACUGACCCAUCGGUGCUUCUGGAGCUGGGCACAUACUGUGGAUACUCUUCAAUUCGGAUAUCUCGGCUGCUAAAACCUGGAACUCGUUUCUUCACUAUAGAGAUGAACCCGGCUUAUGCUGCUGUGGCCAAGCAGAUGAUUGAAUUUGCCGGAGUGAAGGACAAGGUGCAGAUUUUGGAAGGCUCUACUGAGGACAUUAUCCCCCAGCUGAAAAAGAAACAUGAGAUAGACACUCUGGAUUUUGUGUUUGUGGAUCACUGGAAGGACAAGUACACACCAGACACUAAACUAUUAGAGAAAUGUAAUUUGCUGAGAAAAGGCUCUGUUAUUCUCGCUGACAAUGUGAUUCUCCCAGGAGCCCCAGACUUUCUUGAAUACGUCAGGACAUGUGGUCGAUAUGACUGCACAAAUUAUCCAUCGCAACUGGAGUAUAUGAAUGAAGAAGAUGCUCUAGAAAAGGCUGUGUUUAGAGGAUAAAUAGGUCACAGCCCACAUUUUGUCAUGAAACUGAAAAAAUGUAAACUAUAAACUCUUGCAAUGUAGUGUUGUUUUGUUUCUGUUGGUAAGGAAAUGUUGUUUUUGUAACUCUGUCUGGCUUUCUAUAUGACAAAAGUGAAAUUAGAUUUGUAAUCAAGAUAAAGAGAGAUACAGUGUGAGUGAUUUUGUGACAAUAAUAGUAAAAAUAGGAGAAGACAAGUUUACAUUGCUUAAAGGAACAUUAAACCCAAUUUUUUUCUUUCAUGAUUCAGAUAGAGAAUACCAUUUUAAACAACUUUUUAAUUUACUUCUGUUAUCUAACUUGCUUUAUUCUCUUGUUAUUCUUUCCUGAAAAGCAUAUCUAGAUAGGCUCAGUAGCUUCGGAUUGGUGGCUGCACAUAGAUGCCUUAUGUGAUUGGCUCACCUGUGUGCAUUGCUAUUUCUUUAACUAAGGAUAUCUAAAGAAUUAAGCAAAUUAGAUAAUAGAAGUAAAUUGGAAUGUUGUUUAAAAUUAUAUUCUCUGUCUGAAUUAUGAAAGAAAAUUUUUGGGUUUAAUAUCCCUUUAAUUGUAGCUAGCCGAAAAAAAGAUAACAAAGUCUAGCAAAUUAAAAAGCUGACAGAUUUUUAUUUUAUUAGAGCUAAAGAGCGGCAGCAGUCAUCUUUAGCUCCCACUGAAUUCUUCAUUUUUGCAUGGUUUACAUGGUUUACAUUGAGCCCAUUAACGUGUUUCGUCCUAUGCAGCUGUUAAUGGAUUCAAGUUUAUAGCUCAUUCUCCUUGGCGUAAAUGGGUAAAACACACUUCACAACUAGUAUUUUGUAAUGUUAAACACACAAUGUAAAACACAUAUUUGAGAAAAUCAUAUAAAUAAUUAAGAAAUAUGUCUAAUAUUUUACACAUAAAGGCCCCCCAUUAAUAUGAAUAUUUAGGGCUAGAUUACAAGUCGAGUGCUAAUUUAUUGCGCGCCCGCAAAUGGGAGAAUAACCAGCGAUUACAAGUGGCUGGUUAUUGCUACCGCGAGCUCACGCUUGGAAAUCUAACCACAUAUCCGCUCUCUGGUUAAUUUUACAAAUGACCCCAAAAUACAGUGGUGUUUAUUUUAUUAAAAAAUAAAAAUUGUAGCAUAAAUAUAUAUGUAUAUGCUUAUAUACAUAUAUAUUUAUGUGUCAAUAUGUAUAUAAACACAUAAAUAUAUAUGUAUAUAAUCAUAAACAUAUAUAUUUACAAUUUGUUGCCAUCACUGCGCGACUUACCCCCUUUGCUGUGCUAGUUCUCAUACCAUGCCGUUUUAAAUGUAGACUAAUAGGAGCUCAAAAGUGUGUACAUGUCUUUAGCACUCUGGCACCAGUGUCUGCAACAAUGUUUAAAGUAAUGUUAUACUAUGUUGCAAACAAUGCUGCCAUAGAAUGUUAGACACCUGCACACUUCUAAGCUCCUGUGAGCUUUCCUAGGAUUGCUAUUCAACAAUGGAUACCAAGAGAACAAAGCAAUUUUAACCCUUUGAGUGCAAACGACGGCUCUGAGCCGUCGCUGAGUUUCCCACUCCGGUGCUAACGACGGUUCAGAGCCGUCGCUAGCACUCUCUCACCUUGAGGGAGAUCUGGGGGCUCCCACACGCUCCUACCCCAGCGAUCGUGCCUGCAUAGUGACAGGCAUCGCCAGGACUUCACGUUUUGCGCGGUGACGUUACUCGCAAUGAUGUGAUGACGUCACCGUGCAACUUUAUUAACAAAAUGACAAUGUGAAGUAUAGGAAAAGGGGGCAUGCUGCUUAGAAGCCUGUAUCUCAGGCAUCUAAGCAGCUACCGUUCCAACAGUGUAAGUCUUGGGGAUCGGGGGGGAGUUAAAAAAAAAUAUAUAUUUUAAAAAUAAAAAAAAACCUUCAAACAGCUUAGCACCCAGGUGGGAAAGUGCUUAGCACUCAAAGGGUUAAAGGGAUAUUCCAGUAAAAAUUUGAAUGCACAUAGAUGAAUUACAUCUUUGAAUAGAAACAUCUUUGCAAUAUACAAUAAUUGGCAAAAAUGCUUCUAGCAAACGUUACUGUUUUAGUGUUAACCCUUUUUUCUGCACGUGCAUGGGAAGCAUAGCUAGAUAUUCUCAGUGCACCAGCAUUUUCAAUACUGCAGCUGCUCAUUGUACCAGUGGGGCUUGUAUCGUGUCAGCAAUUGACAAAUUGAGUCAUUACCAGAUGUUACAAGCCCCUUAGGCUGUCUGAGCAAGUGCUGUGUUUAAAAUGCUGGUGCAUGGUGCAUACUUAAAGGGACAGUCUACAUCAAAAUUGUUCUUAUUUAAAAAGAUAGAUAAUCCCUUUAUUACCCAUUCCCCGUUUUUGCACAACCAACACAGUUAUAUUAAUAUACUUUUUACCUCUGUGAUUACCUUUUAUCUAAGCCUUUGCAGACAGCCUCCUUACCUAAGUGCCUUUGACAGACAUGCAGUGUAGUCAAUCAGUGAAGACUCCUAAAUAACUUCAUGGGAGUGAGCACAAUGUUAUCUAUAUGACACAUGUGAACUAGCACAGUCUAACUGUGAAAAACUUUCAAAAUACUCUGAGCUAGGAUGCGGUUUUCAACUGUUUAGAAAUCAGUUUGAGAAGCUUUUCAAAAAUACCACCAAGGGAACAAACCAAAUUUGAUGAUAAAAGUAAAUUGGAAAGUUGUUUAAAAUUGCAUGCCCUAUCUGAAUCAUGAAGUUUAGUUUUGACUUUACUGUCGCUUAAAAUACACUUUUUAAAUAGCUAUAGCUUUUAUUAUAAGCAUUUUUAACUAAUACAUGUAUAUUGCAAAAAUGCUCUUAUUCAAAACUGAAAUGCAUCCAUAGGGAUUUUAAUUUUGGCUGGAAUGUCGCUUUAAUAAUAGAGGUAAAUUGGAAAGUUGUUUAAAACUGCAUGCUUUAUCUGAAUUACUGUAUGAAUGUUUACUUUUGACUUUACUGUUUCAUUAAAGCAACAAUUCAUAAUGUCAAUGUAAUUAUUUAAUUGUAUAUAACCAUGAAGAAAUAUAUAUCCACUAAAUGCAUACAAAGAGAGAAGCACUCUACCAGGGCAAGGAGUCCACGUCUGGUUUCCCCUAUCACCCUUAGGGAGACCUCCCCAGGGUCAUUAUUCAAAUGCAUUGUUGAUAUAUAAAUGCAUACAUAAAGAGAGGCACUCUACCUGGAAAGAAAAACAGCUCAAGAGCUUGUUCUCUGGCGAGUCACCACCAAGGAGUAAAUUUAAUAAUUGGAAAGUUGAUUAAAAUUGCAUGUUCUAUCUGAAUCAUGAAAUAUAUUUUUUGGGUUUCAUAUCCCUUUAUAUAUGUACUAAGGUUAGACUCCUGUGUUUAGAUGAUAUAUAAAUGCAUACAAAGAGAGAAGCGCUCUACCAGGAACGAACAGCUCAAUAGCUUGUUCUAUGGCGAGUCACCACCUAGGAGCAGCCUCUUUUAGUCCAGUUCCGCUUUUCACAAAGAAAAACUUUCCUGAAGCAUAUCAGUCUGAUCCAGACAAGUAAGGUCAGUCCAGCCCCGAAAUACCAUGCAAAUCUCCGGAGCUUAAUAAAUUGACCCCUCUGUCUGCCGUGUUCUUAGUGUUCUCUGUCUGCUAUGUUUUUAGUGUUCUCUGUCAGCUGUGUUCUCAUUGUUCUCUGUCUGCUGUGUUCUCACUGUUUUCUGUCUGCUGUGUUCUCACUUUUCUGUCUGCUGUGUUCACUGUUCUCUGUCUGCUGUGUUCUUAGUGUUCUCUGUCUGCUAUGUUCUUAGUGUUCUCUGUCUGCUGUGAUCUUAGUGUUCUCUGUCUGCUGUGAUCUUAGUGUUCUCUGUCUGCUAUGUUCUUAGUGUUCUAUGUCUGCUGUGAUCUUAGUGUUCUCUGUCUGCUGUCAUCUUAGUGUUCUCUGUCUAUGUUCUUAGUGUUCUCUGUCUGCUGUGAUCUUAGUGUUCUCUGUCUGCUGUGUUCUUAGUGUUCUAUGUCUGCUGUGUUCUUAGUGUUCUAUGUCUGCUGUGUUCUCACUGUUCUCUGUCUGCUAUGUUCUUAGUGUUCUCUGUCUGCUGUGAUCUUAGUGUUCUCUGUCUGCUGUGAUCUUAGUGUUCUCUGUCUGCUGUGAUCUUAGUGUUCUCUGUCUGCUGUGUUCUUAGUGUUCUAUGUCUGCUGUGAUCUUAGUGUUCUCUGUCUGCUGUGAUCUUAGUGUUCUCUGUCUAUGUUCUUAGUGUUCUCUGUCUGCUGUGAUCUUAGUGUUCUCUGUCUGCUGUGUUCUUAGUGUUCUAUGUCUGCUGUGUUCUUAGUGUUCUAUGUCUGCUGUGUUCUCACUGUUCUCUGUCUGCUAUGUUCUUAGUGUUCUCUGUCUGCUGUGAUCUUAGUGUUCUCUGUCUGCUGUGAUCUUAGUGUUCUCUGUCUGGUGUGAUCUUAGUGUUCUCUGUCUGCUGUGAUCUUAGUGUUCUCUGUCUGCUGUGAUCUUAGUGUUCUCUGUCUGCUGUGUUCUUAGUGUUCUAUGUCUGCUGUGAUCUUAGUGUUCUAUGUCUGCUGUGAUCUUAGUGUUCUCUGUCUGCUGUGAUCUUAGUGUUCUCUGUCUAUGUUCUUAGUGUUCUCUGUCUGCUGUGAUCUUAGUGUUCUCUGUCUGCUGUGUUCUUAGUGUUCUAUGUCUGCUGUGUUCUUAGUGUUCUAUGUCUGCUGUGUUCUCACUGUUCUCUGUCUGCUGUGAUCUUAGUGUUCUCUGUCUGCUGUGAUCUUAGUGUUCUCUGUCUGCUGUGUUCUUAGUGUUCUAUGUCUGCUGUGAUCUUAGUGUUCUCUGUCUGCUGUGAUCUUAGUGUUCUCUGUCUAUGUUCUUAGUGUUCUCUGUCUGCUGUGAUCUUAGUGUUCUAUGUCUGCUCUGUUCUUAGUGUUCACUGUUUGUUGUGUUCUCAGUAAUCUCUGUCUGCUGUGUUAUUAGUGUUCUCUGUGUGUUGUGUUCUCAGUGUUCGCUUUCCUGCUCUGCUCUCAGUGUUCUCUGUUGUGUUCUCAGUGUUCUCUGUUGUGUUCUCAGUGUUCUCUGUUGUGUUCUCAGUUAUCUCUGUCUGCUGUGUUCUCAGUGUUCUCUGUUGUGUUCUCAGUGUUCUGUUUGCUGUGUUCUCUGUCUGCUGCAUUCUCAGUGUUCUCUGUCUGCUGUGCUCUCAGUGUUCCCUGUCUGUUGUAUUCUCAGUCACUACUAACAGCUAGCUAAACACAUCAGGUAAGACCAUGCACAGAGGCAUUUAAGUGCAGCCACCAAUUAGCAGCUAACUCCCUGUAAAGCAUUGCUGUUCCUUUACAACAAAGAACAAAUCAAAUUAGAUUAUAGACGUAAACUUGAAAGUUGUUUAAAAUUGUAUGUUUUAUCUUAAUCAUGAAAGAAAACAUGGGUUUUAUGUCCCUUUUAAAAUAUAUGUGCGUUUAAAUUGUGGCUGACCAUCUUGUUUUUGUUGCUAAGCAACAUACUCUGAGACAAGUUAAAUGGAAAUAGAAGGGGUUAUAAUUUACACUUUAAGAAGUAUUUAGAAUGAGGAAGUAUGUAAACUGGGUAAAAAAUGGAAGCCAGAUUAUUUAACGCUUUGUGUCUCAGAGUUAAAUCUGCACUUAUGCUAAAGAUAAUGCUUUAAAAUAAAAUUAGAUUGUAAUCAUAUUUAGUUAAAAUGACAUAGGAAAUAGGUUACUAUUAAAGGGCCACUGUAAGUAAAUAUUUUCUAUGCCUGUUACUAACUAACUACCUAAAAUACGCUUUUUAUCAAUAGCAUUUCAUUAACAUAUCUCUACCGAAUAUCAGAAAUCUUGUCUGCAAAUUUAAUUGUUUUCCAAACCCACUCCGUGGGUAUCCUUUGCUCUGUACCAAUCCGUUUACAAUACCUAGGUUUCAAAAUGGCGCUUUAAACACAAAGUUAUUGGUUUAAGUAUUUUGAACACUCAGUGCUGAAAAUAGUGGGCAGGAUAACGUGACAUCAUCGGCGAAUAAAAGAUAUAACUUUUAGAACGUUAUGAAACUUAGUUUUGGAGAAAAUAUAGGUCAGUAGGUUUUAAUUAAUGUUUAUUAACUUUAAUAUGUUAGUUGUUUAGCUUAAAAAUUAUAACAGAAAGUAAUCCUUUAACAAAUGUAAUAUAUUCUAUUGAGAUUUACAAAAUACACGUUUAAUUAUUUAAUGGCUAUUGUGAAACUGCUUUGAUAAUAAAUUACCAGUAUCUGUAUUCUGCUCAGAUGUUGCUCUAGCGCUACAGUUUUGGCGUAGGUGUUUUUGGCUUCUGUUUUUUAUAGUAUUCUAAUUCAAAUUAUGAAUAAGCUCUAACAUGAAAUUCUGGGCACAAAGAGUAUAAACAAACUGAUUUUUAUUUAAUUGUCAAGGGAGUGUUCAUGGUUAGUUUCAACAUACAAGGAAAUAUAAACAGCCAAAGCAUAGGAAAACUAUAGUGACUAAUUCAUUCAAUAUUGGAGAUUUGUUUGAAUGCAUUUUUUUCUGCAUAACCAUUAAAAUAUGUUGAUGGCAUCUGGAAUUAGAAUUUUCAUAUAAUUUUGCAAAAUUAUUUUAAUAUUUUAUAAACAUCCAAACUCUUGAUUGAAAAUAGUUUUUGAUGGCAAAUUGUAAUACAAGUUUCAUGGUUUAAAAUGUGAUUUGUAUUUUUAUAUUUUUAAAAUGUCUCUUAUGCUUUUUGUAUGGGAUUGUCCCAAACUUAGAGAGGUGUAAAUGACGAUCUUCCUUAUGACGUGUGAUAAAAUAAUUUAAUAAACACAUGUUCUUAAAGCAA